AUGUCUGAGACCGUCCCCAUGGACGUCCAUGCCGUAAAUUACAAUGCGGACGUUUCGGCUACACCAGCUUCGGCUGCCACCUCCGCUUCGGCUGAACACACUUCAGGUACUUCGGCUCCUGCAGUCCCCGCUGUCUUCGAUCCGUCUAACGAGUAUUGCACUCCUGACAUGGUCUUCUUUUGGCAGCCCCCAUCUCCUUUUUCACAGUGGACACCGUCGACUUUUGUGGUCGAUGGAGUGGUAUACUCGUGUGCAGAGCAGUUUUUCGCUGCGGAAAAAGCUCGUCUUUUCAAAGACCAUAGCGCUUUGCAGAACAUCAUGCGAGUGUCCAAUCCUGCCUUACACAAGAAGUUUGGCCGCGGUGUCUGUGGUUUCGACCCAUCUCUUUGGGAACACGAGCGCGAAAAUAUUGUGCUCACUGCCUCUUACGCAAAAUUUAGUCAAAACUCCGAGUUGUGCGAUCAUCUUCUCGGAUCUGGCGACAAAAUCCUUGCCGAAGCUAGUCCCUACGACUGUAUUUGGGGCAUUGGCCUUCAAGCCGAUAAUCCUGACGCUCAAUACACCUCUCGGUGGCGCGGUCUCAAUUUGUUGGGCAACGCUCUUCAACGAAGUUUUUCCCGCGUGUGGGAUAAGCUCCCCUGCCACCUCCGUGAGAUUUCUUUCAAUCUCCAUGGCCCGGGUUGGACUCCAGAAGUCAUCACUCAACUUGGUGACGUCCUGUGCGAAUAUCAUGAUGUCUUCUCGAGUUCCCCAACCGACUUUGGAUCCUGUUCGCUUUUUCCUUUCAAACUUACAGUUCCUCCUGGCAGUGCACCCGUCACGUCUCGUCCAUACCGCGUUAACCCCCCGGUGGCGAAACAAGUUGACGCGAUCCUUGAUCAAUAUCUUGCGGCUGGUCUGAUCCAACACUCGACCUCGCCCUACUCGAGCCCUUUGGUAGUCAUACCGAAGAAAUCUGGUGGUGUUCGCAUCACUGUCAAUUAUCGCAAGCUCAACAAGCUUUGUGCUUUGAGCCAGCUUCCGAUUCCUCGAGUUGAUGAUACUUUGGACAAGUUGUUGAAAGGGCGAAUUUAUUCCCUUUUUGACAUGAAGUCUUCGUUCCACCAAAUCACGGUUCACCGUGACACCAUCCCUUUGACGGCAUUCGUGACGUCUUCCGGGCUUUUUGAGUGGCUGAAGAUGCCGCAAGGCAGUUCUGCUGCUCCUGGGUGGUUUUGCAAGGUUGUCAACGAAGUCAUCAAAAAUCUCCACGGUGUUGCAUCGUAUUUGGAUGAUUUAAUCGUUUUUGACGACAACCCUGCGUCUCAUGUUGACACCAUGCGCGCUCUGUUUGAACGUUUGCGCACACACAACUUGAAACUCACCCCACCAAAGGCCACCGUUGGCGCUACAGAGGCGGACUUCCUCGGCCACACCAUCUCUCCCGACGGUGUUCGGCCUAACGGGGCCAAGGUCGCGGCCCUAACCAAAAUGCCCAUGCCCAGGGAUGUUAAACAACUUCGCUCUCUUCUCGGCGGCCUCAGCUACUAUCGCAAGUUUCUUCCCAACAUGGCUACGCGCAUUCGGCCCCUGACCACUCUUCUCAAGAAGCAAGCGACGUUCGUCUUUACCCUUGCCAUGGAGCAAGCUGUUCGCAUCCUGCUCUCUGAAUUGGCCAACCCUCCUGUCCUGGUUUAUCCGGAUUGGGAUGCCGUUUCGGACGGUUCGCGACCUUUUCGUCUCUACUGUGAUGCUAGUCGCGAUGGGUUCGGUGGGACUCUCGAACAAGAACAGCCGGACGGCUCCAUCCGACCAAUCGUCUUCAUCAGCCGAGCCACUUUGGACUCCGAACGUCAUUGGACCCCCCUCGACCUCGAAGCGGGUAGCAUCGUGUGGUCCAUCAAACGACUUCGCGGUUAUCUGUGGGGUACUAAAUUUCGCAUUUUUACUGACCACAAGUCUCUUGAGCAUUUUGCCAAGGUGGGGGAGAACAAUGCCCGCGUUCAGCGUUGGCUCGAAUUUCUUACCGCUUACAAUUACACUCUCGAGUACCGCAAGGGUUCAGCAAAUGGCAACGCUGAUUUCCUCUCUCGCCUUCCGAUCGAUGCGGCGGAAUGUGACCGAUCUGGUCGCAGUCGAUUGACGCCAGAUGGCGAUGAGGAGGGCGUGUCCUUCAUCCGUUCUUGUGGCCUUACGCCUUCCGUCCAUCGCGCCGUGGGUGUUGGCUUGGGUGGGCUCGUCCCCACUUCCCCGACUUCGGUCUUGGGUGGGCUGGCCCCCUCUACCGAUGAUUUCAUCGACUUCCGUCGGCAUGCUAUUCGUUUCAUCCUUCUGGGUCGGCCUUCGGCUCUCCCUUCGUACUUCCUCGACCACCUUCCGUCCGCUCGUCGACCUCCUCUGUCAGAGAUCCGUGAUCUGUCUAACAAAGGCCGGUUGCAUGUUGACGAUGAUGGUUUGGUCUUGCUUGUUCGCAAGCAAACCACGCCCCCGUUGUCUGCGGCCACACGUCCUGGUGGGCGUGCUGCUCGCCUUCUCAACGACGAACCCAUUCGGAUUUAUGUUCCCAUGCUCAUGCGUCCGUGGAUCAUGCAAGCCUGUCACGCUGAUGCCUCCUGCCACCUCGGUGCAGCUCGCACGCUCAGCAUGCUAGAACGUUUCUAUUGGUGGGUUGGCAUGAGUGUUUGCACGAAAUGGUGGGUACGGCAUUGUUUGCGAUGCCAAGCCCGCAAAGCAUCUCAUCAGACGCCUCGAUGGCCUACUCUGUGCCUUCCGCUGCCUUCGGGCCCUGGUGUGUCGGUGAGCGUCGAUUACUUCGGCCCCCUCCCGUUGACCCCGCGCGGAAACACAUAUAUUCUGCUCUUCACUGAUCGUUUCAGCCGCCGUGCUGAUAUGUACGCGGUUACGGCUGCAGAAUUCACCGCCGAAGGCACCGCUGAUGUACUUGUCAAUCAGUAUAUCCCUUUGUGGGGUUGCCCUUUGAGUCUCUUGUCCGAUAAUGGCUCUCAGUUUUGCUCUAAACUGUCGCAGGCUGUGUACGCCCGUCUGGCUAUUCGCAAAGUGGCUACUAGCUCUUACCAUCCCAAUGGAAAUGGGGGUGUGGAGCGAGUCAACCACACUAUGGCUCAGAUGUUGGCUAUGGUCGUCAAUGAGAGGCAAGAUGAUUGGGACAUCCAUUUGCCGCACGUUGAGUUCGCCUACAACAAUUCGGUUAGUGCCGCUACUGGUUUGGCACCCAACGAAGUGCAUAUCAACCGGCUGCCGCGCAUGCCGAUGACGGUUUUUGAGCAUCCAUAUGCUCGAGGCCACCAAAGCUUGCAUCGAGAUCAACUCGAGUAUUGCGAUCUUGCUGCUGAUCGCCAACGCCGAUCUUACGAUUUAGUUCGUGAACAACACAACCUGUCCGUUUCGCGGAUCGAACGGCGUAACUCCGCGCUUACGGAUGCUUUGCGCAAGGUUCCCUCUUACGCCGUCGGUGGAUGGGUUUGGGUGUACAACACCGAAUCUACCAUUCGCCAAGGCGUUCGUUCCGGCACUGAUGACAAGGUUCUUAAGGCUAAGUUGUCUUUCCUCUGGACUGGUCCGUUCAAAAUCUUGGCUGUGGGUCCUUGUUUUGACGCUCCCGACGGUUGUCCUUUGGCUUCCAAGUUGCUCUAUUUGGAUCUUCCAUCGGAUCUGCCAGGUCUUCUUCGUCCUUCUUGGGAACGGGAGAUGGACCUCCAGCAUUCCAAGACACACAUCCUUCGGUACUGGACGGGUUCGCCGGAUCAACACCGCCAAACGAAUCGCCGCUAUCGGGCGAUGCGUAUUGGUGCGGCCACCCGCGAGAUGGCGCGCGUUCAAGGAGAGCGAGCCUUGCCUUCGGGCUAUUCGCUCGUCUCUCGUUCAACUUGGGACCGUCGCCUCGCCAAUAAUCCGCUCCCUGCAGGCGCCUUCUUCUGGUACAAAACGCGCGAUGGACUUUGGUGGUUGGGCAAGAUAACUGGACCGCCUCUACAGUCCGACCUCUACGUCGUCCGCUUCUUAGACGAUCCGGGACCUGUCAAGCUCGCCCUUCCUGAUGUUCGCUACUCCACCGCCGAAACCGCCGUCUCCGGAUCCUGGUGCCUCCAAGUUCACAGCGGCAGCGCCCUUUUUAAGGGAAUUCUUCGCAACAUCGACAUGUCGCGUGGGGACAUUGGGACUGAUUCGUUGCCCGAUCACGUUGUGCGCGCCCUUUAAGACGACAUGCUUGGUUGUUUGUGCCUUCUGUUGCUUUUCUCCUUGUUGGGUUUGCUUUUAGCAAUUUUAGAUUGCUUUCUGCAUUGUUUGGCUUGUUUUUAGCCUUGGCUGGUUUCCGCCUUCUUUUCGUUUUCGUUCAUUCCUUAAGCUUCUGGUCACGACCUGUCAGUGUUUCGCGCCCGUAGAGCUGCUUCUACGCUGCCCUGGCGGUUGCAUGAGUGACGUAUCUUAUCGGUAUUUUUAGAUACCGGUAUUUUUGUCGUUCCGACGAUGAUUCUUUCUUUUUGUCGUUCGGACGACGUUUCUUUUUCUAUUCUGUUUUUCUUCCUUCUUCUUCAUGUUCUCCUUUCUCCGGUCGUCUUAGGCUUUUCUUAGCCCCGUCAGUUCCUUCCGGUAUCUUUUGUCGUUUAGUCAAACGAUGGUCUUGCGACCCAUCGAGUGAGAGGUGUGGGAGGGUGAAUU